GGGCAUUCUAGCCACACCAGUGCAUGCGAAGCAGAUACUGUGUUGAAUCUCAAGAUCCAUGCCAUUCCUUGAACUUUCCACUUCGCCAGUCUGGUUGCUGGCAAUUUGCAGGUUGGUGCUGUCCAGACUUGGCAUUGUGGACCGCGAGAUUACCGCGACAAGAGGCUCAGUGAUAAAUAGGGGAUUGUACGCAAGACCAGACGGGGCUGGUGGUAGCCGUAGAGGCACAAGAAACCAGACCACUCAUGUGCUGAACUCUCAUUGCUUAAGCACUCUACAAAAUCCUUUAGGCACAACGCGGUCUACGAACUCUAGCCAAGACUUAGUGAGAGGCCUGAUAGGUAGUGAUUUUUUGUCUCGGAAGUUGAUGCCGUACAAUACAAGAGGUGCCACAGAGGGCACUCGCAAAGAGUUACAAUCUGGCGGGCAGGAAAGGUGGAAGGGUAUGGCUUUGGUUGUAGAAUAGAUGUAGUUAUUGCUGCCUUAGCACCACGAGAGGUUCCGCGAUAUCAGGUACUAAUCAUCACCCACAAGAAAAUUCGGGUCUAGUGCUUUCAACAUUUCAAUUUUUUUACUCGUGCUGCUUUCCCAAGAGCACCUUGAGAGCCCACAUUGUCGUGGAAUACUCUCCCAA